AGAAUAAUCUGAAAACAUGGAUUCGACUGAAGUAUCUGAUGCCUUCUGUCUCGGAUUCUUUCGAAAGUUCACCAAAAAUUAUGUCAAUCAAUAUUGAUUUUGAUUCGUCUAAACAACCAGUGCAAGUGAACACUGAUUCACCUGGAAUGAUUUUAAGAAAUAAAAGAAAGUCUUGCCGCAAUCCAAUGUCACCUUUCAUGAAAUCAUCUGAGGUUGGAAUAUCUGAGGCAUCAAGUGUUGAUUUGAUGUCAUUCUCACCUCUGACAACCAAUAAAGCACCAGUUUGUGCUGCAGAUAAGAAAAUCACAAAAGCUGGAAACAAUUUUAUAUUUCCAUCACCUUGUCGUCGCUCCAGUCGAUUGAAAACUCCACUUGAUUCACUCGAAUGUGAUUCAGACAAUAAUCCACUAGAUGACAAUGAAGAGGAUGCAGUGACACUGAUGCCAAGCUUAUUGUGAAAUAAAAUCGACAAUAGAGGGAAUGCAAUCGUUCAUCACCUGUGAAUUUAAGAUUCUUGGUUUGAUUGCGAAGGGCAGCAUUGGGUGACCCAAAUAAACAAACCCAUAAAUUUCUAAAUUAUUGAAAAUAAUGUGAAUUCAUAGGACGCUUUGCUGCUCAAAAGUUAUGUUCUCUCUAAAAUAUGUUCCAAAUAAUGUGUUUUGAUUUUGGGGGGUCAAGCUGUAGGAGAAUGGGUCACUGUUGUUCUGCUAUAGCAAUAGUAUUCUUUUUUUAAUUUUCAAGCAUCUACAUGCGUAUUCUUUAGACAUUUCACUUUUAAGAGAUUUUCUGAGCACUUUACUUACUUUCUUUUUUAUUCUAACUGCCCUUUGUUUCUCCCUCUUUCUGGCGAAUGGAUACAAUAUUUUUUUCCAUUAGACUGCCGGUAAAUUAAUCUCUUGUCUCGCACUGCUCAAAUCUGAAUUGAUUUCUUUAUUCCACGUAGGUUGUUCUAAACUUUCGAUGCUGCCAUUGCUAUAUUUUGUACAAUAAAUUGUGAAUAGCGUGUCAUUUAAGAUUAAUACACUAUAGAAUUGUAA